CCUGAGGGGGGCCGUUUUAAGGGUGGGGAACAUUAGGGGGUGGGGGAAAUGGGAGGGUGGAGGGUAGCCGCCUAGCCGGCAAGGGUUGGGAUGGGAAGCCGUGUCGGAUGGAGAAGCUAGGCAACCGGCAAGAGGAGGGGGGCUCGAGGUUGGCUGGGUUGGUGGGGGAGGCAGGGUUAAUAAAAAAGUUAUUAAAGGAAAACUCUUAAAUAUAGUUAAAAGUUUAUAUAUAAAAAAAGAGCAAUAAAGAUUAUCAAUGAUAAUAACAAUUUUUCUCAUUUUACCAAAGAGAAAAAAAGAAAAAGUUGAGUGUUAUCAAAUAGAAUUUCCUUUUAAAAAAUAAAUAUGGUAAUGGAUUAAUACGUUGUAUUCCCCCCCCCCUCCCAAAAAAAAAAAAAUUUAAUAUGUAGUAUUAAAGAAAAAGUGUGAAUGAAGUAGGAGUAGAACCAGAGUAAUAUAUUAGCGUAAGGUAUUUCCAGUUAAGAAAGUGUUGUAAUUAAUUAAAAAUGACCGAUUAUAAAAAGUGUCGUAAUAAUAAUAUAAAAAUUUAAAAAAAAAAAAAGGGUAUGUAUUCAGUUUUCUUUAUGAAACUAUGAUUAUGAAUACUAAUUAACUAAAAGAUACAUAUAUAUGUUUGUGUGUGUAGGCGGGCAUACUCCUUGGACCAUCGUUCUUAGGUCGGUACGAAACAUUUGUAAAGUACGUGACUCCAGAUAUAUCGACAUAUGUAAUUAAAAAUAUUGGGAUCAUAGGGUUCAUGUUUUUCUGUUUUUUGGGGGGAAUGAACAUGAACCUAAUAGAGAUGCUCAAGGCUGGAAAAAAGAUAUGGUUGAUUACAUUUCUCGGGGUGUCAUUCCCCUUCGCGACCACGGUAUUAGUCAUGGGAUUCAUCAAAGGUGGCUUUAAUCAAACAAUACUAACUUAUAGUAUAUAUUCCAUGACUAUUCCUUCAUGUCUCAUUUUCACAUCAUUCCAAGUUAUUCACUUCAUUUUAACAGACAUCAAGCUUAUGAGCUCCGAAAUUGGACGUCUUGCCUUAACAAUCGCGGUACUAAGUGAUUUCUUUGGGUUAUUUAUGGUUUUUGUUUUCGAAGCAUUGAAGCAAGGAGUAAUACGUAGCCACUAUUUAUGGUAUUUCAUGUCAUCUAUUUUAGUAAUUAUCACCUUUUUAUUAAUUGCCCUACCACAAGCAGUCAAAUGGAUUAAUAACCGAACUCCUGAGGGUAAAUCUGUGGACCAAAGUUAUAUCGUUGCUACUUUGUUAACAGUUUUUGUUAUUGGGUUUUUCACUGAUUUUAUUGGGGCCGCAAUUGGAAAUGGGCCUAUUUGGCUUGGGCUCGCUAUGCCUAAUGGGCCCCCAAUAGGUGCAGCCGUUAAGCAAAAAACAGAGGCUGUGGUGAAUAACAUUCUUAUGCCUUUUGCGUUUGCUUCUGUUGGACUUUACACGGAUGUGUUUAAAAUGAUUGCAGAUUGGACUGAAUUAGUUCCCGUCCUUCUAGUGUUUUUGUUUGUUAUUUUUGCCAAGCUUGUUACACUGGCUAUGUUGGCCCGAUUCUUGGAGAUGUCGUAUAAAGAUUCGCUUACCACUUGUUUUUUUAUUUUUUUAUGUUAUAUUGUUAUGUUAUUACUGAUCAAACUAUGUUUGCAGAUCUUAAAAACACCAUCUUUCUCAUUGUUCGUGGUUUUGUUGACUUUAGUGGCAGCCGUAGCCUGUCCAAUACUCAACUACAUGUAUGAUCCAAAAAAGUCAUACUUGAUCAACAUACAAAGAACCAUUGAACACACAAUGCAAGGCUCCGAACUUCGAAUCCUAGCAUGCAUUUACGACCAAGAAAGUGUGGCUACCCUAUUUAGCUUUUUAGACUUUGUUAAUUCAUCUUCAAGCAACCCAUUUAAGGUUUUCACUCUCUACCUUAUCGAACUCUUAGGCCGAGGCACCCCGAUGCUCAUCGACCACUCGAAGAAUACCGACGUCUAUUGGGACAACAACAACCUGGUCAUUCAUAAUGCCAUCAAGCACUACGCAGAGGCUCGUGCGAAUAUCAUUACUAUGAGAAGUUUUACAAGUGUUAUCCCUAGUCGUACAAUGUACCAAGAUAUAUGUGAAAUGGCCUUGUUGUACAAGGUUAAAUUUAUAAUUUUACCCUUCCAUAAGAAAAGUAUUAAAGAUGGGAGUGAGUUUUCAACUGAACUAAGGCCAGGGGUACAAUCGUCUAAUGCGAAUAUACUAUCCAAUGCACCGUGCUCUGUGGGAAUAUUGGCAUGUAAAAAUGAUGAUAUAUGGGGAACGAAUUCAAGUCCAAUGUUUGUUCGGAAACGUUGCCUAUUUGUCAUGCUAUUCCUUGGUGGGUGUGAUGCUCGCGAGGCCCUUUCGUUGGCGGGCCGCAUGGCGGAACAUCCUAAUGUGUCGUUGAUUGUUUUUCGACUCUUGCCAAGUGAAGAUAGAGAGUAUAAUAAGUUGGAAAGAAAGAUGGAUGAUGGAGUGGUAGCUUGUUUUGAGGUACAAAAUGAGUGGAAUGAUAAAGUAGAGUUAAAUGAAGUUUUAGUGAACAAUGGUCUUGAUACGGUUUCGACUUUACAAUCAUUGAACAAUAGCAUUCCAAUAGAUCUUUGGAUUGUGGGAAGAAAAAAUGGAAUUGAUUCCAUUUUAUUGGAUGGUUUAUCAGAAUGGAGUGAUAAUCCCGAACUAGGAUUAAUAGGCGAUUUUUUGAUUUCAAUGAAUGUUAAUACCCCAGGAGGAUCCGUACUGAUAGUGCAACAACAAAGGUUAAGAAAUCCAGAAUCCAUACCAUGGGGUUGUUAGUACGUAGAUUAAAUUUUCUGUUAGAUUUGUUUUUUAAUUUUUAAUUUUUUAAUUUUUCUUAAAGGAAUGUCAUUAAAAAAAUAAAUAAAUAAAAUCUUAUAUUAUCUUAGCUUUCUCUAUUUGUCAAUUGUAAUAGGAAGACAAGGGAAAUACUUCAAAUGAGUCCCAUGAAACUUGAUUCCCAUACCUCAGGAAUACGAGGUAGAAGCGAUGCCACUACUCCAUCACCUCAAACCCCAAACUCAAAAAUUAUAAUGUACUUCGUAAUUGAUAACCCCAAAAUUUAGUGUUGUAUUUUAUGCGUACAUAAUAACAUAAUAUUUAGUUUUAAACUUCUAUUUAAAUUUUAUAAACUAGAUCUCAACUUUGUUAAAAUUAUUGAUAAUAAUCAAUGACAUCCUUUCAAAAAAAAAAAAUGACAAA